AUGAGGCGGUUCCUUUUGUUUCUUCUAGUGAUCCUUACAAGCGCAUGGGCGGAACCGUUUUAUUUGAGAGGUAGUAACUCAGGAGUGGCUGAGACGGACCAGGGAGUCAGCAUCCGAUCCUUGGGAACUGAACAUGAGUCACGACGAGUUUCUCUAAUUGACGACAUUGAUGAUACCGACCCUGACGCUCCGGAUAUAUGGGAUAUCCUUAUUUGGGCUGGCGCUUGGAUCGGUCGUGUGGCGAGAACUAUAAUGGUCACGGCAGUCAAACUUGUCUACGCUCUUUAUACGGGAAUUGUCUACGGAUGGGAGAGUAGCAAGGAUGAAGUGCAAGACUAA